CGUUGAAUCACCGACAUAAACAACAAAACCCUGACAUGGAGUCAGCUACAAGACCAUCGGGAAGACAGCAUGCGUUGCUGACAACUAAGCCGAAAAGAACAGUUGAUUACAAAAUUGUGCUUCUUGGCGAAUCAUCAGUGGGAAAAUCUUCCAUUCUAGAAAGACUACAGAACAAUACUUUUGACGAUAACAAAUCGUCCACAAUUGGUGCUGCCUUUAUAUCAAAGAAGGUCGUUCGUGAGACAGACCUUAUAAACCUUCAAAUAUGGGAUACCGCUGGACAGGAGCGGUUCCAUAAUUUGACACCUCUUUACUACCGAAACUCCAAUGCGGCUUUACUUGUUUUCGAUUUGACAAGUUUGGAAAGUUUCAAGAAAGCAGAAUAUUGGAUAAAUGAACUAGAGACAUACAUAGGAGAAGUAGAACUAGACGAACCAGCCUCCAACGAAGGAAGGGGAAGAGACACGAUGAAAAUUAUACUUGUUGGAAAUAAGGUAGACUUGCUUAAUGGAGAAGCUUGUCCAUUCGAAGACCAAAUAAAGGAGUUCAUGAAUGUGCACAAAAGUGUCGUGAAUUAUUUCAAGACAAGUGCUAAGAAAAACCUGGAAAUCAUAGAUUUGUUUGAGUAUAUCACGAACAGCAUUGACGAUACUCUGUUUUAUGAUAUAGAUGAGGAGAAUAAGUCAAAAAAAGGAAUCAUAGAUUUGAAUUUUAGCAAUGCUACUUCAAAUACGGCAAGUUCGUGCUCGUGCUAAUAUUAAUGUGGGUAAUUCUGACAGCAUGAGGGAAUGAGAUUUUAUAAAUCGGUUAUGUACUAUAGUUUAGAGAUUAUACAAAGAAUAAUGAUAACCACUGUGUUG